CCCAUCCGUCACACCAAGAUGACUUUCUGCUACCAGACCCAGUGUGACGAUUCCUGCUACUCACCCUGCAACUACGGGACUGUGUACACCUACAGGACCUAUGGCUGUGGAAGCCCCUGCAGCUACCGGACCUACGACUGUGGGAGCCCCUGUGGCUACCAGAGCUAUGGGAGUCUGUGCGGUUACCGUGACUGCUACCCCUCCUACAGCUCUCGCUACUGCUACCCCUACUCUUCUCGCUACAUCCGUAGAUACAACUAUGGGAGCUGCUACCCCUGCUAAACCCAGCCGUAGAACAACCAGAUAGGAAAUGAAAGGCAAAAUAGUAACGUAUGAAUUUUACCUUUGCUAAGCUUCUGUGACAGCGACUGCAGUCAGGAAUGGUCCUCAGUGCUUAGCACCUCUCUUCAAUGUCUGCAGCUACUUUGAGUAACUUGCUAUUAGGGUGAACUCUUCCUUCAUAACCUUUGGAUGUACUGUGUAGUUUGAUGUGUAGCUUUACAACAGAAGAUGCAGAGAGGAGAAGACAUCUCGUCUUGCCAUAUAAUGUGCUGACAGCU